AUGGAUCGGACCCAAUUAGUUCAUCAUGCCUUUGCCUCGCGACCCGAGGAGACACAGUCUCUCGAGACAUCGUCGGCAUACUCAUCCCCAGUCUCGGCAAUAGGAUCCCAAGGAGGCUUCUCGCCAGUCGGCUUGGGAAUCUCCCACUGUGGCAUGGAGAAUGCCUUCGGUCAAGUGAGGCUCUAUACGCCAUCCAUGCCUGUCCCACCUGCAAUGCCAUCACAACUAGUUCCUGAAGCUGCUACCUACGAAUUCCAAUUCGAAGUUGAUGACGACCGCUCCCAAUACGCAAUCUCCAAUGGACUCCCAGAUGCCUCGGAGUCUUCACUCGGCGUCUACAGCCCGACAGCCAUGAGCGCGUCCCCUAGCUACAACUCCGUGGAUUUAGACCCUCAUCAGUGUACAUUUCCCCCCAAUUUUUACUCUUGGAUCCAAACGCCUUGUUCGGGACCAACAACCCCAUCAGAACUUGUCACCGCCGCUGUGGAUAGCGGAACUGGAGAAUGGGACCAGAGUUUAUUCUCAAACACAUGCGCCCCCGUCAACAUGCCCAUUCUUCCGGUCAUCGAUACCGCUUACCCUGCGAUGCGAGAGGAUAUGUCGCUUGGGAGUGCCUCUGGACAGAACAUGACCCCCGAGCGAAUUAUGACUCAGUCUCGAACAGCCUCCCCUGGGACCACGGAGAUGGACUCACAAUCAAUCAAUGGAGGCCGUUCUCCCCGCAGCAAGCUUGUCUCUGCUAGUGGUCUUGAAUGUCCGAUGUGUGGUGCUAAAUUCACCCGACGUUCCAACUGUAAAGAACACCAAAAGGCACACGAUCCUAGUUGGAAGAAGAAACACCCGUGCGAAGAGUGUGGCAAGACAUUUGGCAGGAUGGCAGAUCUGAAAAGGCACCUAAACAGUGGAUCCGCCGACGGAAGUGAAGCAGACAUUUGA